AUGGGAUUCAGUAAAAAAGCUUGCUUGUUACUAACCUUUUUCGCAUAUUUGUUGUACUAUUUUAGUGUCCUGGUCUGCGCCUUGGACACCAUCACACCAUCUUUGUUAAUCCAAGAACCUGAAAAAGUAAGCUCAAACAAUAACAUGUUUACGCUGGGAUUCUUCAGGCCUCAGAAUUCCACAAAUCGCUAUGUAGGGAUUUGGCUCAUGUCCAAAUCCUCUGUUGUUUGGGUAGCUAACAGAAACAACCCACUAACAGAUACAUCUGGGAUUCUCACAAUAUCAGAGAAUGGCAAUCUUGUUGUUUUGAAUGGGCAAAAACAAGUUGUUUGGUCAACAAAUGUCUCAAUUGCAUCAAAUUCAAGUGCUCAGCUGUUAGAUACUGGAAACCUUGUCCUUGUAGAUAGAACUACCGGAGUAUCCAUGUGGCAAAGUUUCCAGCAUCCUAGUGAUACAUUGUUGCAGGACAUGAGACUCAGUACUAUUCAGAAAACAGGUGAGAAAGUGCAACUUACAUCAUGGAAAAGUACAGCUGAUCCAUCCUAUGGAGUAUUUGCUGGCAGUAUUGAACCUCGUAAUGUUAUUGAAGUGUUCAUAUGGAAAGAAAAUCAUCCUUACUGGCGCAGUGGUCCCUGGAAUGGCACACACUUUCUUGGGGUGCCUGAGAGUUCAUCUACGUUCCUGAAUGGGUUUCAGAUUAAAGAAGAGAAAGGGAGUUUUGAGAUAUAUUUUCAUUACACAGACAAAUCAUUGUUGCUAACUCUUAGGCUAGAUCCUCAAGGUAAAAUACAAAAGCAACGUUGGAAUCCCCAGACAAAUAUAUGGGAGCUUGAGUGGAUAACUGGUGUCACAGAGUGUGAUUUUUAUGGCACAUGUGGCCCAUUUGGGAUCUGCAAUUCGCUAAGCUCACCAAUCUGCAGCUGCUUGAGAGGGUUUGAACCAAAAAACAAAGAAGAAUGGGAAAGUCAGAACUGGACCAGUGGGUGCAUAAGAAGGGAAGCACUUCAGUGUAAGAAAGAAAAUAAUGGUUCUCAAGUUAACAAGACAGAUGGGUUUAUAAAGCUGGAGAGGAUAAAACCACCAGAUCAUGCAGAGGCGUUACCUUUCAACUUUGAAGGCACUGUAGAUUGUAGAACUUCAUGCCUGAAGAAUUGCUCUUGUGUAGCUUAUGCAUUUGCCUCAGGCCUUGGUUGUAUGCUUUGGAAUGCAGACUUAGUUGACCUGGAGAGAUUGUUAGAAGGAGGAGGAGUUGAUCUUUACAUACGUUUAGCCUACUCCGAACUAGGUAGAGCUAGGAGCAUAACAGCACCUAUUGUAAUAUCAGUUCUAAUGGGGACAAUUCUCAUUACUGCUUCUGGAUAUUUCUCAUGGAAGAAAAUAACAAAGCGAAAAGGUGAAAUGGAGAUGCAUAUUGAUGAAAAAAGAAGGAUUACAAACCUUAAACACAUCAAAAUUCAGGAGCUAUCAUUGUUUGACCAUAGAAGGUUGGCAACUGCAACAAACAACUUUGACUUAAAAAAUAAACUUGGGCAGGGUGGUUUUGGUCCGGUUUACAAGGGUAAGUUGGAGGAUGGACAGGAAAUAGCAGUGAAAAGACUAUCAAGAUCAUCAGGACAGGGUAUGGAAGAAUUUAUCAAUGAAGUGGAGUUGAUUUCUAAACUUCAACACCGAAAUCUUGUUAGACUUCUUGGCUAUUGCAUUGAAAGAGAAGAAGAGAUAUUGGUUUAUGAAUACAUGCCAAACAAAAGCUUGGAUGCAUAUAUCUUUGAUCCUCUACGACGGAAAUCUUUAGAUUGGGGGAAGCGCUUCAGCAUAAUUGAGGGAAUUGCUAGAGGAUUGCUUUAUCUUCAUAAGGAUUCAAGAUUAAAAAUUAUACAUAGAGAUUUGAAGGCAAGUAACAUAUUGUUGGAUGAAAAGAUGAACCCAAAGAUUUCAGAUUUUGGGAUGGCUAAACUUUUUGGAGGUAGUGAAGAUCAAGCAAAUACAGGGAGAAUUGUUGGAACAUAUGGCUAUAUUUCUCCAGAAUAUGCAACAGAAGGACUCUAUUCCGAGAAAUCUGAUGUCUUUAGCUUUGGCGUUUUGCUGCUUGAAAUUAUAAGUGGAAGAAAAAAUAUUAGUUUUUACGAAGAUGCAGAGACAUUUACACUACUAGGAUAUGCAUGGAAGCUAUGGAUUGAUGAUAACAUUACACCUCUAAUAGAUCCACAAAUAUAUGAUCCAGACUUUCAGAAGGAUAUAUUAAGGUGCAUACACAUAGGUCUUCUAUGUGUGCAAGAACUUGCAAAAGAUAGGCCCAGCAUGGUCUCUAUAAUGUUAAUGCUUCAAAGUGAGAUCAUGGAUAUUCCUCCCCCAAGCCAACCUGCAUUCAUCCUCAGACAGAAAAUGCCUCAUUCAAUCAAGCAAACUCCAAAAAAUGAUGAUUUAUAUUCUACCAAUAAAAUGCAACAGAGAGGAGGGGGUAUGGGAGAGAAAAGAAACAGGGGGGCGGGGCCGGGAGGGAAUAGUACAGGAAUUUGUGGGGGAGAGAAGACAAAGCAUGGAGAGGGAUACCAGAAUCUGAUUUACGUAAAGCGUACCUCAAGGAAAGCACGUGGUGCUCCUCCGCUGCCGCCGUCGCCACCUGCUACUUCUUCGCCAUCUUUGUCGCCUUCUUUUACGUCCUUGUCUGUUGCUGUGAGUCAAACCAGCGUUGCUUUUAAAAAUGCUUUCUUGUUUGUCAUCACUUACUUUUCUUGUUCAUGCUGGGAUUCUUCACUGUACAUAAUUCCACAAAUCGCCACUGCGGAAUUUAGUUCACGUCUGAAUCCAUUAUUCUUUGGCAUGUUCACACUGGGAUUCUUCAGUCCGAAGAAUUCAACAAACCGCUAUGUGGGAAUUUGGUUUUUGUCUGAAUCCAAUGUUGUUUGGGUAGCUAAUAGAAACAACCCACUAAGAGAUUCUUCGGGAAUUCUCACAAUAUCAGAGAAUAAUGGCAAUCUUGUUGUUUUGGAUGGGCAAAAACAGAUUUUAUGGUCAACAAAUGUCUCAAGUAUUGCAUCAAAUUCCAGUGCUCAGCUCUUGGAUUCUGGCAACCUUGUACUAGUAGAUGGUAUUACUGGAUCUACGGUGUGGCAGAGUUUCGAACAUCCUUGUGACACAUUAUUACAAGACAUGAAACUUAGUACUAAUCAACACACAGGUGAGAAAGUGAGGCUUACAUCAUGGAAAAGUGCAUCUGAUCCAUCCUCUGGAGAAUUUUCCUGCGGUCUCGAACCUCGUAAUGUUACAGAAAUAUUCGUGUGGAAAGAAAAUCAUCCUUAUUUUCGAAGUGGUCCCUGGGAUGGCGUAAACUUCCUUGGGAUACCUAGGACAAUUUCAUCUAACUCCCAAACUGGGUUCCAAUUGAAAGGAGAACAAGGGAGUUUCAACCUAUCUUUUUAUUCAGACAAGUCCCUCUGGAGUUUUACGUUAAAUUCUCAGGGCAAAGUUGAACAACGGCUCUGGAAUUCCCAGACCAAUGCAUGGGAUCUUCGGAGGAUAAUGUAUUCUUCAGAUUGUGAUGUUUAUGGCAAAUGUGGCCCAUUUGGGAUUUGUGAUUUGCAGAACUCUCCAAUUUGUAGCUGCUUGAGAGGGUUUGAACCAAAGAACAAAGAAGAAUGGGCAAGGCAGAAUUGGACCAAUGGGCUCUCUGAAUAUUCUUCUUUGAUCUUUGAUACAGGUAAAGGCAGUAGGAAAAUGACAACACCUAUUAUAAUAUCAGUUUUGAUAGGAACAAUUCUCAUUACUGUGGCUGGAUAUUUCUUAUGGAAAAAGUGCUCAAAGCAGAGAGGGGAAAUGCAGAUGCAGACUAAAGAAAAGAGGCAGAUUAUGUCCUUGAAGCAAGUUCAUAUUCCAGAGCUAUUAUUGUUUGAUUUGAAACAGUUGGAAACUGCAACAAACAACUUUGACAUAGUAAAUAAACUUGGGCAAGGUGGCUUUGGUCCAGUUUACAAGGGUACAUUGGAAGAUGGACAGGAAAUAGCAGUAAAAAGAUUGUCAAGAUCAUCUGGACAGGGCAUGGAAGAAUUUAUAAAUGAAGUGGAAUUGAUUUCCAAGCUUCAACACCGAAACCUUGUUAGACUUCUUGGCUGUUGCAUUGAAGGAGAAGAGAUAUUGGUUUAUGAGUACAUGCCAAACAAAAGUUUGGAUGCCUAUAUAUUUGAUCCACUACAACAAAAAUCCUUUGAUUGGGAAAAGCGCUUUAACAUAAUUGAGGGAAUAGCCAGAGGAUUGCUUUAUCUUCACAGAGAUUCAAGAUUAAGAAUUAUACACAGAGAUUUGAAAGCAAGUAACAUAUUAUUGGAUAAAGAAAUGAAUCCAAAGAUAUCAGAUUUUGGGAUGGCUAAAUUGUUUAGAGGCAAUGAAGAUCAGGCAAAUACAGAAAGAAUCGUUGGAACAUAUGGCUACAUUUCUCCCGAAUAUGCAACUGAAGGGCUCUAUUCAGAGAAAUCUGAUGUUUUUAGCUUUGGUGUUUUGUUACUAGAAAUUAUUAGUGGAAGAAAAAACACUAGCUUUUAUGCAGGGGCAGCAUCUUUGACACUUUUAGGAUUUGCAUGGAAAUUAUGGGUCGAUGGCAAUAUUAUACCUCUAAUAGAUCCGCAGAUAUAUGAUCUGAGCUUUCACAAUGAUAUAUUGAGGUGCAUACAUAUAGGUCUUUUGUGUGUGCAAGAACUUGCAAAAGAUAGACCUACUAUGGCAUCUAUAAUGUCAAUGCUUCAAAGUGAGAUGAUGGAUCUUCCUUCUCCAAGCCGACCUGCAUUCAUCUUCAGGCAAGCUAUGUCUUAUGCAGCAGAGCAGGCUUUAGACAAUAAUGAGUUAUGUUCCAUAAAUAUAGUAACCAUUUCAAAUUGUAAGGGGAGAUAG